AUGAUAUUACAUAAUAGAAAGAGAAAGAAUUAUGAUAGAAAAAAUGAUGAGAGGGAUGAAGAAGAAAAAAAAUAUAUAUAUGACAGAGAUAUAAUAUAUGAGCAGAUAUAUUCUCUUCCUAAGAAAAACAAACCAAGAUGUUUAGUGAUAUCAGACUAUAAGGAUAAUUUAUUAAAAUAUUUUUCUAAUAUUGUAAAAGUAGAAAAUUAUGGAAGUAAAGAUUUUAGAAGUAAAUGGUAUAUUCAUUUUUAUAAAAUAUGUUUAUAUAAUGAAAAAAUAUAUGGAGGUAAUAUAAUUGGAAAUAAGAAAAAUAUCGAUAAACUAAUAAUGGAAUAUAAUGUAGAAGAUGUCUUAAGAAAAUUACAAACUUUAGUAGUACGUCGAUUAGAUUGUGAGAAUUUAUAUUAUCAAAAAAUCUUAGUGAUUACAUGUUUAUUAUUUGAUUUUUUUCAAAAUAAAAAACAUGUAAAUAUUAAAAGUUUAAAACAUUUAGAAGGUGAAGAAGAUGAUACCAAAAAUACAGCAAAUGAUUCAAAUGAUGAAGAUGAUGAAGAAGAAAAAAGAAAAAAAAAAAAUGAUAAAGAUGAAAAGAAUAUAGAAUAUUAUAAUGAUAAAAAUAUUAAAGAUAAAUAUAAUAAAAAAAAAAUUAGUAAAAAACGAUCAAGAAAAAAUUCUUCUAGAUCGAAUUAUUAUGAUGAAUAUGAUGAUAGUAUCUAUAGUUCAAAUAAAGAUGAAGAUAGUAGUGAAUAUAUUAUGACAACUAGACGUAAAGAUAAUAAAAUAGAAAUUAGAAAAGAUCAUCCUGGAGAUAUAAAUUAUCAUAAAAAUUAUUAUAUUAUUGAAUUUAAAAAUAUAUUAUAUAAUGAAAAAAAGAAAUUUAAUAAUUUAGAAAUAUUUUAUCAUAUCAGUAAUUUUAUAAUACAUAGAUAUUGGUAUUCUGAAGAAUAUUCAACAUAUAAUAUAUUUAUAUGGUUUCUUAAUUAUAUGCAUAGUAAAUUAGAAAUAAGAAAGAGUAUUCAGAAGAUUAAUGAGCAGUUAGAAAUGUUUAUUAAUAUCCAUCCAAAAAUAUUUAAUAUAUCUCAUGCAAAAAAAAAAAGAAAAAAAAAUAAUAACAGUAGUUAUAUUAAUACAAAUAGUACUGGUCGUUAUUUUGAAAAUGGUGUAUUAGAUUAUCCAUAUAUAAAAAAUAGGCAGAAACAAAUUGGUGGUGGUUUUUCUGAUAUGACAGAUAUAGAAAAGAAGAAUAAACAAAACAUAACAAAUUUAAAUACUUUUGGUAAUAAUAUUAUGAAUAAUAAUUCAUUUUUUAACAAUACAAUGAAUAAUAUAAAUAAUAAUAAUAAUAAUAAUAAUAAUGGUACUACUAAUGGAUUAUCUUUAAAUUCAUUUAAUUCACCUUUUAAAAGUUUUGAUCAAUCCAAUAAUAUUUUUAGUAGCAAAGGUGGAGAAAGUAGCUUAUUCAAAAAAACUGUCACAUUAACAAAUAACAUGAACAAUAAUAAUAAUAAUAUGAAUAGUAAUAGUAAUAAUUUAUCGUCACCAUCAUUAUUUAAUAAUACUACAGGUGGUGGUCUAUCAAAGUUUAAUCUAGGUUUUUCAAAUAUUCAGAAUAAUAGUAAUAAUAAUAUGAAUGCAUUUAGUAGUGGAAUGGAUAAAACAAAUAUAAUGACUGCAGGUACAGGUUUAUUUGGUGAUAAAUCUAUGAUGAAUAAUAAUACAUCCAAUAUGAAUAAUAUGAAUAAUAUGUCUAAUAUGAAUAAUAUGUCUAAUAUGUCUAAUAUGUCUAAUGUGAAUAAGAAUUUAUUACUUAGUAAUACACAGAAUAAACAAGUAAAUCUUUUUGAAAAUAAUAAUAUGACGAAUGGUAAUAAAUCUACAAAUGGAUUAUUUGGUUUUGAAAAGAAUAAUUUUAAUACAAUAUUUGGAAAUAAUUCGAAUAAAGAAAAGACUAACAUAUUUUCAUUUAAUAAUAAUCAAUCAAAAAAUAAUCUUUUUGAAAAUAAACAAUUAAAUAAUAUGUCAAAUAAUAUGUCAAAUAAUAUGUCAAAUAAUAAUAAGGAUCUUUUAGGAAAUACACAAAAUAAUACAGUAUCGAAUAAUUUAUUUGGAGGUAAUAUAACAAAUAUGAAUAAUAAUAUGUCAUUAAAUUCUAAAUCUUUAUUUGAUAAUAGUAUGAAUAAUCAAAAGAGUAAUAUCUUUUCAUCAGUUAAAUCAACUGAAUCUAUAUUCAACAACAAUAAUAAUAAUAAUAAUAGUAAUAAUAGUAAUAAUAAUAAUAGUAAUAAUAAUAGUAAUAGUAGUACAACAGUUCCAUCUGCUCGUUCUAAUAUUUUUGGCUCUCCUUUGAGUAACACCCAACAAAGCCCAUUUAACAAAGCAGCAAAUAAUACAUUUGGAACUAUAAAUCUUGAUAAUAAUAAUAAUAAUAUGAGUAAUAAUAAUAAUAAUAAUAAUAAUACUAGUAAUAAUGUGGGUUUAAAUUUUAAUAGUACCAAUAUUACAAAUAAUAUUACACAAAUGAAUGGAAAUAAUCAAACAUUUAAUAACCCAUUGAAUAAUGUAGUUCAAAAUGAUAAUAAUUUAAUUAAUCUUUUUAAUAAUGAAAAUGGAUCAAAGGAACUAUUUAAAGAUUUAAAAAUUAAUAAUGACAAUGGACCAAAAUUUUCAGUAAAUAAGAAACCAUUAUUUUCUAGAAGAGCAACAAAAAACUCUACUCUUUCAACAAAUACUUUGAAUGAACAAAAUAAUAUAUUUAGUUCAUCAUAUAUGAAUAAGGAUAGUCUAUUAAAUAAUCAAGAGAAACCACUUAAAGUAAUAUUUGGUCAAAAUAAUACAGCUAAUGAAAAUGUAAUCAAUGCUAAUACUACUAUUAAUAGUACGACUACAAAUAAUACAUCAUUAUUUAAUGCACCAAAUAAUAAUAAUAAUAUAUUAUCAACAAAUGGUGAAAAAAAUUUAUUUGGUCAAACAAAUAAUCUUUUGAAAGGCUCAUCAUCCAUAGUUUUUAAUUCAGCUUCAUUGACAGGAGCAACAAACACAAUGAAUAAUAAUAAUAAUAAUAAUAAUAAUGAUAAUAGUUUAAAUAAUAAUGAUAAUUCUAUUAAUAAUAAUACUAGUGGUGGUAUAAGUGGGGGCUUUUUUGGAAACAAAAAUCUUUUCGGCAAUACAACAAAUCUUUUUGGAAGUAACAACAACAAUAAUAAUAAUAAUAAUAAUAUUAGUGUAGCUAAUAAUAAUAGUAAUAACCUAGAAAACAACAUGCCUUUUAAUUAUAAUGAUCAAAAUAAUAAUAAUACAAGUUUAUCCAUGCCAGUUAAAAAAUUAACCUUAGAAGAAAGAAAAAAAAAAACAUCCAAAAAUAGUAUGCUCUCAUUAUUUUCAAAUAAUAAUACUAAUGAAAACCAAAGUGCAGAUAAUUCAAUAAAUGCUUUAUCAAAAAAUAUUAUGAAUAAUAAUACAUCUAAUUUGUUUAAUUUUAAAAGUAAUAAUGAAAAUAAUAAUGAUACUACUACACAAACAACAUCAAACAUUUUUGGAUUUAAUACAAAAGAUAAACAAACAACAUGGGGAGACAAUAAAAUCACAUUUGGCUUAGGUAACAAUAAUUUAUUAUCAAAUCAAGAAAAUAAAGAAACGAAUAAAAAUCCAUUAGAUAAUAUAUCUUCUACAAAUACAACUGAAGAUAAACCAGCCAAAAAAAUUAAUAUAUUCGGUACUAGUGCUUCCUUAUUUAAAACAACAGAAAAGACAAAUGAAAAAGAAAAUGAAAAUAAUACAUCUGAGGAGAAUAAAAUAAAAAAUAUAUUUCAAUUUAAUACAAAGGAUGAAAAUAAUGAUAAUAAAGGAGAGACCAAAAAUAAUCUAUUAUUAAAAAGUGAUGACAAUAUAAAUAAAGAAUCUGAUAAGGAAAAAAAUAAUAAAGAAGAAAAUGUUGUCAAAGGAACAAUUUUUGGAUUCAGUAAGGAUAAAGAGAGCUUAUUUGGUUCUUCCAUAAAUAAUGAUGAUAAGAAUAAAACGAAUAUAUUCGGAUCAUUAAAUAAGGACGAUAAGGAUAAAGUGACAAUUUUUGGGUCCCCAUCAAACAAAGAUGAUAAGGAUAAAGAGAAAGCGCCAAUUUUUGGGUUCUCAUCAAACAAAGAUGAUAAGGAUAAGGAUAAGACACCAAUUUUUGGGUUCUCAUCAAACAAAGAUGAUAAGGAUAAAGAGAAAGCGCCAAUUUUUGGGAUCUCAUCAAACAAAGAUGAUAAAGAUAAAGAUAAGGCACCAAUUUUUGGGUUCUCAUCAAACAAAGAUGAUAAGGAUAAGGAUAAAGAUAAGACUCCCAUUUUUGGGUUCUCGUCAAACAAAGAUGAUAAGGAUAAGGAUAAAGAUAAGGCUCCCAUUUUUGGGUUCUCUUCAAACAAAGAUGAUAAGGAUAAGGAUAAAGCCCCAAUGUUUGGGUUCUCUUCAAACAAAGAUGAUAAAGAUAAAGAUAAGACUCCCAUUUUUGGGUUCUCAUCAAACAAAGAUGAUAAAGAUAAGGAUAAAACACCAAUGUUUGGGUUUUCAUCAAACAAAGAUGAUAAAGAUAAAGCUCCCAUUUUCGGAGCAAACACAUUUGGUAACACCAAAACUGCCACAUUUAAUCAAGAUAUUCUUAACAAAGGCGACAAUAUGAGUGCCCCAAUUUUUGGUAACACAAUAACAAGUAAUGAUAAUGAAAAAAGUAAAUUGAACUUAUUUAAUGUAAAUAAGGAUAAAGAAGAAAGUAAAGAGAAUGUAUUUAUUUCUAAAGAUAAUAUGAAUAAUAAGAUGUUUAAUAAUGAGAAUGUGAAAUAUGUUUUAAGUGUUACGAAAGUAGAUGAUGAAAAUAAAUCUAAUCCAAAUAUAAAUUAUGAUGAUGUUAUUAAUAGAAAAAGAAGAAGAAAUUUUGAUGAUAAAAAUGAAACAAAUUCAAAUGCAGAUGAAAGAGAUAAGGAUGAUGAUAAGUAUGGAAGAAAACAAGUUGGAAAAGGAUUUAAUGUUAAUUCAAGAAAUAUUUCUAAUGAUAAGAAUAAUAUAAAAAAUAAAAUGUAUAAUAAUAAUGAUGAAGAUUUAUUUUUACAAAAAAGUAAAGUUGGAAAUGCUUUAAAUGCUACAAAGAAUAUGUUAGAAACUUUAAAAUAUGAUAAUAUACCUAGUAAGGAUAUUUUGAAUGAAUCAAUAGUUAACAAAAAUAUGGAUACAGCUGAAAAUGUUAUAGUAGAACAAAAUCUAUUAAAUGCAAGUGCACCAUAUAGAGAAGAGAGUAACAAUAAUAAUAUUAUUAAUAUCAAUAUCAAUAAUAAUAAUGAUAAUAAUGAUGGUCUCUUUUCAAGUUAUCAGUAUGGUAAUAAGAUAAGUCCAAUGAAAGAAACACCCAUAAAAGAUAUUAACCUUAAUAGUAAGGAGAUAAAUGAAAAUAACUCAAAUAAUUAUUUAACACAUAACAAUAAUAAUAAUAUGAUGAUGAUGAAUAAUGUUAAAAAUGAUGAAGGAAAUAAAAUGCAUUUAAUUAAUAAACAAUAUAUAAAGGAAAAAGGAUUAUAUGAUAGUUUAUAUGAUAAUAAUGAUGAUGAGAAUUUAAAUGUUAGAGAAUAUUUAAUGGACGUAAAUAAUAAUCAUAAUAAUAAUUAUAAUGACAAUAUAAGAAAUAAUAAGAAAGGAAUGAACAACAAUAAUAAUAGCAUAUAUGUAAAUAAAAAAGAAAUGGAUAGAAUUGUUCAAUAUAAUAAAAAAAUAUCAUUUGAUGAUAUUGUUGUCGAUUUAGAUAAAGAUAUGAUAGAUUUAAAUGAAUUAAGACAGAAUUUAUUUUUAUGUGCUAUUAAUUUUCAUUUAAAUUAUUGGGCAGAAAAGGUUAUUUUAUUUUAUCCUCAUAAUGAAAAAAUAAAUAAAUACUGUACUAAGCUUAUUAGAAUUAAAAAUGAAUUUGAUGAUACUUAUGAUUUUAGUUUAUUUGAAUAUAUACAUGAAAUAUCAAGAAAAUUAUUAAAAACAUUAGAUAGAAAUUCAUGUAUAUAUGAAAGUGUAGUAUUUUUAUCAGGAGAAAAUAUGUAUGUCUUAAAAAAUGCUCAACUAAGUUUAUUUGAGGCUUUUAUUAUAUAUCAUUUUUGGUAUCAAAAAAAUAGUAUAGAUAUUAAAAAGAACUUUAGAAAUUUUCUUUAUACUAAUAAAAUAUAUCCAUGUUAUGUAAAUUAUUAUAUGAAUUUAUAUAAAAAUUAUAAAUCUUUUAAUGGCAAAUAUGCAGAGCUUAAUAAAAAUAUGUCUAAAAAAAUUAGAGACAAUGAUAAUAUGAUGAAUAAUAUGAACCAUAUGGAUAAUAUGAAUAAUAUGAAUAAUAUCAAUAAUAUCAACCAUAAUAAUAAUGGUGAUAUAAAAAAUUAUCAGGGUAAUUUUUUAAACGUUGCAAAUAAUAAUAGCAGUAGACACUCUUCUAGAGCAGGUAGUUUUCUUUUACCACCUUCGUCUGCAUCGAAUGGAAAUUCUAAAUAUAGUGUAGUCAAUUUAAAACAUUGUAGUAGUGCAUCUAAUAGAACACAUGCUAGCGAUUAUUCCAAUCAUAGGAGUGAAAAAUCAGAUUACUCGCAUAGUGAUAAAAAAGGAUAUAAAAAUGGAACUAUGGAUACAAACAGCAACAGUAGUUAUGAUGAUGAUUACACAAGUGAUAAUAAUAAAAGUGAUAGUAAUAAUAGUUAUAGUAAUAUAAGUAAUAGUAAUGAUUAUAGUGAGGAUAAUAGCCAUAGAGCAAGACAAAAUAAAGACAAUGAUGAUGAUGAUAAUACAUACGACGAAUAUAGUAAUAGUCGAAAGACUUAUAGUUAUGAAACAAAUAGUGAUGAAAGUAAUAGUUCAAAUAAAAGAAGAAGACGACGACGAAGAAAAAGAAAAAUGAAUAAUGGUAAAAACUUAAAAAAGAAUGAUAGUAAAUAUUAUAAAUCUAAAAAGAAAAAAAAUGUAAAUGAAAAUAGCUUAAUAGAUAUAUUAAAUUCGAAUAGUAGUAGUAAUAGUAGUAAUGAAAAUUCAUCAGACAUAUUAGAUAAUAAUAGUAAUAUGGAUGAACCAUUAAAUAUGAAUAUAAAAGAAAAAUAUAUAUAUUUUUCUAAAGAUAAGAAAAAGAAAAAGAAAAAAUUUAAAUUACCAGGACAUAUAAAAAUAAAGAAGUUAAGUGCAUGUGAAUGUGUAUUAUUAGAAUUGUUGUUAAAGAAGGAUAUAUUAAGUGUUUUAAAAAAAUACAAAAUAUUUAAAACAGAAAAAUAUGAAUAUUUAUAUGUAAAUUUAUUAUCUAUGUUGAAACAUUAUAAUUAUUUUUCAACAAGAGAAUCAGAUGAAAAUAUAAAUGAGAAUAAAGAAAUUAAUAAUAAUAGUAAUAUAUCAAAUAUUAAACAAAAUCAUAUUAAUAAUAAUAGAAAUUUAAAAAGGAUAAGUGAACAUUUAAAUUCGAAUUGUAUUAUAAAUACAAAGAAUGAUAAAAUAAAUAUAUUAAAAAAGAUAUGUGAUAAGAAUUUAUUAUAUUAUAUAAAUAUGCAAUUAAAAAAUAUUUCUCAUUUAAUAAGUUAUAAAGAAAUAGAAAUAGCAUGUAUAUAUUUAAAUAAUAUAAAAAAUAAUUUAUAUGUUAUGUUUCAGUUACCUAUAAUAUUAUAUAAUGUUUUAUUUGAAAAAGUAGUAAAUUCAUUUAAUGAUUAUAUAAUAUUAGAUAAUUUUUUUAGUAAUUCAUGUGUAUAUAAAGAUUUUAGAUAUGAAUAUAUAUUUAAAACAAAAAUAGCUUAUAUGCUUAUAAAGAAGUUUUAUGGAGCUGAUGAUAUAGAAAAUACAAUUAGAUUUGCUAUAUAUUUUGAGGAAUGUAGAAAUAAAACACAGAAAAAUAAUAUAUAUAAUGAUUAUAUUUUUCAUAAGAACUUAAUAAAUUCAUAUAUUAAAGUACAUGAACAAAUAGUACCAUCAGAAUGGUUUCAUUUACAAAAUUAUAAUACAGUAAAUAAGAAUUCAGUAUCUGUUUCGAAUUCAAGAUCUGAUUCCAUUUCUGGUUCUAAUACAUUAAAUGAAAUGAAUGAUUCAGAAUAUUUGGAUUAUUAUUCCUUUUUCUUUAAGGAUAUAUCUAAAUAUAUAAAAUUUCAUAUUAUUCAAAAAAUUAUAAAUUCUAAUAUAUAUGGUUUACAUAAGGAAGAUUAUUCAAUAAACGAAUGUAAUAAGAGUGAUGAUUCUUAUAUGAUAAAUAAUAGUCAAUAUAAUAAUAUUAAAAAUAAUGAUAAUAUUAAUAAUAUUCAUUAUGAAGAAAGACAUUUUUCAUGUUAUUUCAUAUAUAUGGUUAAAAAAUCAAUUUUAGAUGAACUAGUCAAUAUAUAUUCUUUAAAAGGAGAAUAUUUUUAUAAACGUAUUUCUACAUGUUUAAUAAAAUCAUCUCUAAUUAAAGAUUAUGAUAAAACACAAAAUAAACAUUUUCAUAUGUAUGUACAGCUAGCCAAUAUUAAUCAUUUUAUGAAAAAUCAUUUUUUUGAAUAUAUAAAUUUUUUUAAAAAAAAAGAAUUAUAUCAUAUAGAAAAAACCAAAAAUGAAGAUGAAAUAAUGGAGAACCUAACAAACGUUAUAAAAGCCAAUGGAAAGAAAAUUAUUUUAGUUAUAAAUACAUUAGUUGAAAUAAUAAAUAAAAUUGAAAGAGAAAUUAUUAAGGAUAUCAAUAUUUUUGUUACUAUAAAUUUUAGAAAUUUAAUUAUUGAUACAUUAUAUUUAUUUAAAUAUAUUUUUAAUAAUAAGCAAUUCACAUUAAAUAUGGUCGAUGACUUAUAUAGAAAUGUAAUCAUCUUCAAUGAUGUUAUUAAUUCAACAUGGAAAGAUGAUGUCCAUUUCUAUCCUAAAGAACAAAUUAAAGAAUUAUAUACUCAUAUAAGGCAUAAAUUCUUGAAUCAAAAUAUGAUAAAUUGA